AUGUGUGAAUGAAUGACUGUUUGCAAAAGCCUUUGUGAUGUAUAGGCCACCUAUAUUUGUUUUUCAAAAUGUCUAUGGGAUUUCAUAUUGUACAACAUUGUAAUAGCCUGCAGUCUGUGCUCGGGAUCUUGCCUUUUGCAGUGUACCUCAGUUCAGAUCAAUGUGUAUGGGGAGGUUUUGAUAAUUGCAAUUGAGGUGAAUUCGAUGUUUGUAGGUUUAAUGUUUAUUAUUUUAGUGCAUAUUUUAUUUAUUUUCUACAGAUUUUGAUUUUCGUUUUCACAGAUGUAAUGUUUGUCCCAGUUUUUAGUAGAUAACGUUCUUCCAGGUGCUUCUCCCAGUUUGAGGAAGCUCAUUUUUCCACCCUCUUUCCGUUUCAGGUGGGAUCUGCAUCGCUCAGUCCUUAAAGAUCCCUCACAAUCACAAGCAGGAGAACUUCGACAAGAUCAUCAGGUUGCUUCUGGACACUCGUUACGCCCGGGCAGUCGUCCUCUUCGCCUCAGAUGAGGACAUAAGGUAUGUAUCUACUAGUUGUUAGCCCUUUUAGCUAAAGUCUAGGAAUUGCUGUGUGCUGGCACUCAAAUCAAGAUUUAAAAUAUUGUCUGGGCAGCUCAGUCCUAGGAAUAUAAAACUGAAAAGCUGACGGCAACUUAAUUCCCUUCAAUAAUGUUUUAUUGAAUGCUGACGCAUUUUGGAGCAGGCGCCAUUAUCACAGCAUUAUGUAUCUUCUGUUUAAUAUCUCGUACUGUGUGACAACGAUUAAGAGGCUAAUGAUUUAUCCCCGUGUAUGCAGAAAGGAAGACUCCACACACAGCGAUCUACAGCAUAGUCCCCUGUAGCUCAGUUGGUAGAGCAUGGCGCUUGCAACACCAGGGUUGUGUGUUCGUUUCCCGCGGGGGGCCAGUAUGAAAAUGUAUGCACUCACUAACUGUAAGUCGCUCUGGAUAAGAGCGUCUGCUAAAUGACUAAAAAUGUAAAAUAAUUCCAUGUGGUUUAAUGAAACAACGUAUAUAACCUUUAGGUCUUCAUCAAAGGGUUGAAUCAUUGUUUGAAUAAAACCACAUCUGAGCCUAGAUGAAGAGAUCACAGUCUGUACAAUUCUCUUUUACUUUCUGCUGAACACAUUUUCUGAGCCUCAGCACCUGCUUUAAAACACUGAAUGUGCGUACAGUAUGUAAACCUCCCAUUGUAGGGAGAACAACAGCACUUUUUACAGCUGUAGAUAUUGAGAUAUCAGUCUUGUCACAGUACUUGUGGUAUUGGAUUUCUGUUGUUCGCAAGACCACAAUUCAAUUUGUGGUUGAGUAAUUGAUCUGUAGUUCCACAUCAAACCGGAUACAACUCAGCAUCCUGUUGAUUUAUCUGUCAAGACAAUAUACAAAAACAGAGGAAACAUCGCUUCACGCUAUCUCUCUGUUCAGAGGAAAUAGAACGGAAUACAGAACAGAACAGAACUACCCUACACCUUGACCUCUUUCUCCCCUCUCUCUCCAGAUGACAUCCUGUGACUAGUGAGGUCUGGCCGCCCGACAACCUGCCUGCUCGACCCCAUCCCCUCCUCCCUUCUCCAGACCAUCUCUGGAGACCUUCUCCCAUUCCUCACUUCCCUCAUCAACUCAUCCCUGACCACUGGCUGCAUCCCCUCUGACUUCAAAAUUGCCCGAGUCGCUCCCAUCCACAAGAAACCAACACUCAACUCCUCUGACGUCAAAAACUAUGGACCAGUAUCCCUUCUUUCUUUUCUUUCCAAAACACUUGAGUGUUCUGUCUCUGAUCAACUCUCUCACUAUCUCUCUCAGAACAAUCUUCUUGACCCCAAGUUAUCCCAUGUCACCACUCUCCCAUGCACAUUCCACUGGCUUCCAGUCGAAGAUCGCAUCCACUACAAGACCAUGGUGCUUAUCUACGGAGCAGCAAGAGGAACUGCCCCUCCCUACCUUCAGGCUAUGCUCAAACCCUACACCCCAACCCAAGCACUCCGUUUUGCCACCUACGGGAGGGCAGCUAUCGCUCAGCCCAGUCUAAACUUUUCUCUGUCCUGGCACCCCAAUGGUGGAACAAGCCUUCCCCUUAAGCUAGGACAGCACCUGAAACCGUACCUCUUCAAAGAGUAUCUUACAUUUUAUUUUUAUUUUAUUUAACUAGGCAGGUCAGUUAAGAACAAAUUCUUAUUUACAAUGACGGCCUACACCGGCCAAACCCGGACCAAUUGUGCGCCGCCCUACAGGACUCCCAAUCACGGGCCGGUUGUGAUCCAGCCUGGAAUCGAACUAGGGGGUCUGUAGUGACGCCUCAAGCACUGAGAUGUAGUGCCUUAGACCGCUGCGCCACUCGGGAGCCCAAAUAAUCCCCCUCCUCACCUCGACCAAAAAUACACAUUUAAUUUGCAAGAUGGACCAUGACGUACUGUUCUAUUCUAUGCUAUCCAUUCACUCUAUCUGUGUGUCUGAUUGCAGGGGUAUCCUGAACGCCAGUAAGAGGGCGGACCAGGUGGGUCAUUUCCUGUGGGUCGGCUCAGACAGCUGGGGAGCCAAGAACAGCCCUAUCCACCAGCUAGAGGAGGCAGCAGUGGGAGCUGUCACUAUCCUGCCCAAAAGAGCAACCAUCGCCGGUAGGUUGUGCCUGCAGAAACAACGUGCCUCAGAUUGACUUUUAGUGAAGAGAAAAAGCUGCUUGCUGUCUGUUUUUUCUGUCAUCUGUACAUUCUGUAGAAUUACUCUGUAACCUAGCACCGAAAGAGGAAUAUUAUUGGCCACUUUUGCUGUCUGUUGUCUAUCUCCUACAUUCUGUAGAAGUAGUGGAAGGAUAAUUGUGGAAGAAUAUUGAACGGUACAAUUACUUGAUAUAUGCAGUAUAUUGCGAGAUGUAUUUGCAAAAUAUAUUGCUAGAUAUGAUGCAAUAUAGAGAUACACGUUUUUACCAAAACAUUCAACAAAUCAAGAAGACUAUGCUCAGGAAAUAGCACCGUAAUGCAGAACAUUUAGCAAAUACGUACUCUCUUUCUUUACGCAACACAGCGUAAAGAUGUAAAAGGUCUGCAUGACAUUACAUGGACAAACUCAGAAUGCAAUCUUAAUGAGUCCAAAGGUAUUUUCUCUGAUUCUGGUUCUGAAGCAGUGAGGCUAACGACAGCAGUUACAGUAGCUACAUCAAAUCAAAUUGUAUUUGUCACAUGCUUCGUAAAAAACAACAGGUGCAAACUAAAAUGCUUACUUACGUGAAAUGCUUACUUACGUGAAAUGCUUACUCACGUGAAAUGCUUACUUACGGGCCCUUCCCAUCAAUGCAGAGAGAAAAAAAGAGAAAUAAAGAAAAAUGAUAUCAGGAAUAAAUACACAGUGACUUGACUAUAUACACGGGGUACCACUACCAAGUGGAUGUGCAGGGGUAAGAGGUAAUUGAGGCAUAUAUGUACAUAUAGGUAGGUGUAAAGUGACUAGGCAACAGGAUGGAUAAUAGAUAGUAAGAGCAGCGUAUGUGAUGAGUCAAAAGAGUUCAUGCAAAAAGGGUCAAUGCAGAUAGUUAAAUAGUUAACCAAUAGCUACCCGGACAAACUAUUUGGCAGUCUUAUGGCUUGGGGGUAGAAGCUGUUCAGCGUCCUAUUGGAUCCAGACUUAGUACGGUACCGCUUGCCGUGUGGUAGCAGAGAGAACAGUCUAUGACUAGGGUGGCUGGAGUCUUUGGCAAUUUUUAGGGCCUUCCUCCGACACCGCCUGGUAUAGAGGUCCUGGAUGGCAGGAAGCUUGGCCCCAGUAAUGGACUGGGUCGUACGCACUACCCUCUGUAGCGCCUUGCGGUCGGAUGCCAAGCAGUUGCCAUACCAAGCGGUGAUGCAGCCAGUCAAGAUGCUCUCAAUGGUGCCGCUGUAGAAUGUUUUGAGGAUCUGCGGGCCCAUGCCAAAUCUUUUCAGCCUCCUGAGGGGGACGAGGCGUUGUCGUGCCUUCUUCACGACUGUGUUGGUGUGUUUGGACCAUGAUCAUUCCUUAGUGAUGUUGACACCGAGGAACUUGAAGCAUUCGGCCCUCUCCACUACAGUCCCGUCGAUGUGGAUGGGACGUGCUCGGCCAUCCGUUUCCUGUAGUCCACGAUCAGCUUCUUUGUCUUGCUGACGUUGAGGGAGAGGUUGUUGUCUGGAGGGCACUAUGGUGUUGAACGCUGAGGUAUAGUCAAUGAACAGCAUUCUCACGUAGGUGUUCCUCUUGUCCAGGUGGGAGAGGGCAGUGUGGAGUGCAAUAGAGAUUAUGUGGAUCUGUUAUGCGGUAUGCGAAUUGGAGUGGGUCCAGGGUGUCUGGGAUGAUCAUGUUGAUAUGAGCCAUGACCUGCCUUUCAAAGCAUUUCAUGGCUACAGAUGUGAGUGCUACGGGGCGGUAGUAUUUAGACCGGUUACCCUGGCAUUUUUGGGCAUAGGGACUAUGGUGGUCUGCUUGAAACAUGUAGGUCUUACAGACUGGUUCAGGGAGAGGUUGAAAAUGUCAGUGAAGACACUUGCCAGCUGGUCAGCACAGUACGCGUCCUGGUAAUCUGUCUGAAUGUUGACCUGUUUAAAGGUCUUCCUCACAUCGGCUACGGAGAGUGAGAUCACACAGUCUGGGCAGCUCGCGGCUGGGUUUCCCUUUGUAAUCCGCGAUAGUUUGCAAGCCCCUGCCACAUCCGACGAGGAUUCGAUCAUAGUCCUGUAUUGGCAUUUUGACCGCUUGAUGGCUCGUCCGGAGGUCGUUUCAGGAUUUCUUAUAAGCAUACAGAUUAGUGCCCCCCCCGCUCCUUGAAAGCGGCAGCUCUGUCCUUUAGCUCAGUGCGGAUGUAGCCUGUAAUCCAUGUGGGGACGACGUCGUCGAUGCACUUUAUUAAUGAAGCCUGUGGCUGAUGUGGUAAACUGCUCAAUGAUGAAUCCCAGAACGUAUCAUACAUGAUCCUAAUUAUGGAAGUCUAUUAUCCUGGUUGGGCCAUGGGCGUGACUGGCUGGCUGGUAGGGUGUGUACGUUGUGUUCAUGUGUGUAUAUGUGUGUGUGUGUGUGUGUGUGUGUGUGUGUGUGUGUGUGUGUUCAGGGUUAAAGAAGAGCAGAUCACAGCCUCUCUGAUUGUACCAGGGUGCGUCGUAAAUGGCAUCCUAUUCCCUAUUUAGUGCACUACUUUUAACCAGGGCCCCAUAAAAGUUAUGAUCAAAAGCAAUGCACUAUAUAGGGAAUAGUGUGCAAUUUGGGACUCUUGAGUCAGAGUCGUGCAGGGCCAAGUCUACCACUGAGUGAUGUCAUCAGUGCCUUAGCGAGAGACUGCACAGAUGAAACUGUGAGACUGAGUUGGAGUUGUUGGAGUCUGUAACCUUGAGCUAGUGGGUGUAAUUGGUCAGGGGAGAGAUCACAGGUGCCAAGUUAAUAAAUUGUCUCCCUUUGAUGUUUUCAGAGAUACUUUCUUCUUUAUUGGCUAA